AUGCUAAGUUCCUUAAAUAAAUUAGUGCAUAGAUUUUCUAGUUCAAAUAAAUAAAUUUCCAUUACUACUCCUAUCUUUUAUGUGAAUUCUCAACCUCACAUAGGGCAUCUAUAUACUCUCAUUCUAUCUGAUGCUUAUCAUAAAUGGAAACUUAUAGACAAUUAUGAAUCUUAUUUCUAAACAGGUACUGAUGAACAUGGCUAAAAAAUACAAAACUCUGCAAAGUAGGCAUAAAAAGAUCCAUAAUAAUUUGUUGAUUAAGUCAGUUAAAAAUUUGUUGAUUUGGCUUCUUAGUAUAGCAUUAGCUAUGAUAAAUUCAAUAGAACAUCAGAUGUAUCACACAAAGAGGGAGUUUAACAUUUUUGGAAUGUGCUAGAAAAAAAGGGAUUCAUUGAUAUGAAGAAAUACGAAGGGUGGUAUCAUACAUCAGAUGAAACUUUUGUAGGUGAAAAAGAUUUAGUCAAAGACUCCUCUGGAAAGUUUGUAACACAAUCUGGAUAACCUGUUGAUUGGGUUAGUGAGGAAACUCAUAUUUUUGUAUUGGAUAAAAUAAGAGAAGCCGUUAUAAAGUAUUUAGAAAAUGAAAAGCCUGUAUACCCUGAACACUACAAUAAUAGUAUGAUUAAAUAACUAGAAGAAUUGAAGGAUAUUUCUAUUAGUAGACCUAAAUCUAGAUUAACAUGGGGUAUAACAGUACCUUCAAAUGAGAAAUACACAAUUUAUGUUUGGUUGGAUGCUUUGACUAACUAUUUAACAGGUUUGGGAUAUCCAAACAAUAAUAUAAAUAAAAUUCAUUUAUCCAAUAAUUUUUUCCAUAUAAUGGGCAAAGAUAUUUUGAAGUUUCAUUCAAUAUUUUGGCCAGCAUUUUUACUAGCUGCUGGGUACUCAACACCUUAAAAAAUUUUGAUCCAUCAUCACUGGAUCAAAGACAAUCAAAAAAUGAGCAAAAGCCUUGGAAAUGUAGUUGAUCCAGUUGAAUUAGGAAAUAAGUAUGGUAUCGACAGUGUAAGACUUUACUUUUUGUCAGAAGGUCCACAAGAUUUCGAUGCAAAUUUUGAUGAAGUAGAUUUGACUAAAACAUACAAUUUAUUUAUUGAAGGAUUCAUUAACUUGAUGUCAAGAGUUUUCAAUAAGAAAAUUAUCAAAGAUGGUAAGAUUACUGAAAUAUCUUGGGUGCUUAACGAAUAAGAUCUCGAAUAUAUCAGCAAAUUCACAACUAUCAGUAAUAAAAUUUAAGAACAUCUAGACAAGUGUGAUUUUAGAAGAGGUUAUUUUGCUAUGUCAGAGCUUUGGGGAAUGACAAAUAAACUUAUGACAGAUCAUGCUCCCUGGUAAAAGGAUAUUUCAGAAGUAGAAAAACAAAAAUCUUCAUAUCUAAUAUUAGAAAGUGUCAGAGUUCUUUCUAUCUUCCUUUAUCCAUUUAUACCUUAAUAUAUUUAGAACGUCUAUUAAUUAAUGAACAUUAAAAAUGAUCGUAUAAAUACUAAUUACUUACAAUUUAGAAUUGUAGAUAAGAACAAUCUACCUAAGUAAUCUUUUGGCUUUGAAGAGUUGUCCUCUGAAUUUUUGAAAGUAGAUAUUGAUAAUAAGAAGCUUAUUUUUAAGCAAAAGUUUGACUUACAAAAAAAGAUUUGA